AUACUAGAUGCUACUCACCCUCUGUCAACAACCAUGGGGAAGAUCACCUUCUAUGAGGACCGAGACUUUCAGGGUCGCUGCUACAAUUGCAUCAGUGACUGCCCCAACCUGCGGGUCUACUUCAGCCGCUGCAACUCCAUCCGGGUAGACAGCGGCUGCUGGAUGCUCUAUGAGCGCCCCAAUUACCAGGGCCACCAGUACUUCCUGCGCCGAGGCAAGUACCCCGACUAUCAGCACUGGAUGGGCCUCAGCGACUCGGUCCAAUCCUGCCGUAUAAUUCCUCAUACCAGCUCGCACAAGUUGAGGCUGUACGAGAGAGAUGACUACCGAGGCCUUAUGUCUGAGCUCACUGAUGACUGCGCCUGUGUUCCAGAACUCUUCCGUCUCCCUGAGAUCUAUUCCCUCCACGUACUGGAGGGCUGCUGGGUCCUCUAUGAAAUGCCCAACUACCGGGGGCGGCAGUAUCUGCUGAGGCCUGGGGACUACAGGAGGUACCACGACUGGGGGGGUGCAGAUGCCAAAGUCGGCUCUUUGAGACGGGUCACCGAUUUGUACUGAGCUAUGCCUGCCUUGUUAUGAUCCCCAUAGAAACACAAUAAAUAUACAAAUUGUGUUCCCUGCA